AUGACAGCAGCUGAAAUACAGCACCAGGUCGAUACUAACUGGGCGAUGCGCAUCCGAAUGAGCUACGCGCGACUUGUCAUGGUGCAUUAUUAUGUCCACAAGUCAAAGAAAACCUCCCAAUGGUUGGAAAUCGAUGAACGAUUGGGUGUUUUGAGGGGUUCUUUGAUUGAAUUCCAAAAAUGUCAUGCACAGCUUGUCUUGGACAAAGAUAACGAUCUUUUCUCUCACCUGAAGCAUUACAAAGAUAUUCCCAAGGAGGACUUCACUGUCCCUACCCUUGACGAUGUUCGACAGGCACAAGCGACGGCGGCGGCGGCACUCAGCAACAGAAACCGAGUAGCAUGA